CGAACAACGACGGACGGGCGCGGAUAAUAUUGUUUUCCAGCGCAAGCGCACGCGCCUUUUUGUAGUAAAAAAUAAUCGUUUGCAGCCCACAAGCUUAGCUAACCCUGUGUUUGAAAUCGAGUGUUUUUCUUUUAGCUUUAGUGAAUUGUCAGAAAAAAAAUUUUUUUUAAGAAAAAAAAGAUUGUUUUGUAACGCAUCCUCCCUCCCCGGGAAAGAAGAGUUAAGCAGAACACAGAUAAAUUCACUGUAAUUUCAUGUAUGCAGAUUUCGGGAAAAAAAAAAACUACGAACGGCCCGUGAUGAGCAUGAUAUUUUCCAAGCAAUUGAAUUUGAAUAUGGUUUUAUCACGGCCAGAUAGCUGUUAUUGCUUAUAAAUAAUGAACAUGAUCAUGUAGCUGUUGGUAGCCAGAUAGCAGCAGGUCGCCGCGUCGUGUGCUGAAUUUGCUAAGCUGUUAGCAGAAGGAAUGAUGGAAGAUUCCCAUUUUAACUCAUCAUACUUUUGGUCUCCAGUUCCUACAGUACAAGGACAGUCAUGGCAGAUUGAGAACGCCAUGUUUCUGAACAAGAUGAAGGAGCAGCUGGGUCCUGAGAAGAACCCAUCCUUCCCUCACUCUUCUUCUCACUACCCCACUGCUGUGCUCACUGUACCGGGCCCAGUUGCCAUGGAUGCAGGAGGCCGGGCACCUAAGCAAGAAGGGGGUGGAGGAACCUCACUGGCCGUGGGAAGCCACCUUCACCCUCCGCAUACCACCCAGAACAUCACUGUGGUGCCAGUGCCCUCCACUGGUAUCAUGGCAGCAGCCGGUCUAGUUAUCACCACUCCCCAGGGCACCCUGGUCUCUCCUCCCUCCUCAUCGCAGUCUUUUGUCUCUGCACACCCAACCACCACCAUGAUAGUAUCAACUCUACAUGCCCCAAACUCAGAUAAAAAAGAGGAGGUCAGCAUUUCCCCAGCGGUUGUCAUGCCGACACCAUCAAAACGGGGCAGGAAGAAGAAGUCCGUGCUCCCACGGGCAGGCCCUGCCGCCGGUGGUCAUCCCCUUUCCACAGGAAGUGACGCACUAAUCCUGGCUCACCUUGCUGCAGGAGGGCAGCACCAUACCGCUGACCCCUAUGACCUUUCAAAUGAUGAGGAGGACCAUGGCAACAAAGAUGGGAGCAAGUCUUACCGGUGCCGGAUGUGUGCGGUGACCUUCUUCAGUAAGUCUGACAUGCAGAUCCACGCCAAGUCGCACACAGAGGCCAAACCGCACAAGUGCCCCCACUGCUCCAAGUCGUUCGCCAACUCCAGCUACCUGGCGCAGCACAUCCGCAUCCACAGCGGGGCCAAGCCCUACACCUGCUCCUACUGCCAGAAAUCAUUCAGGCAACUCAGUCACUUACAGCAGCACACACGCAACCACACAGAGGCCAAACCGCACAAGUGCCCCCACUGCUCCAAGUCGUUCGCCAACUCCAGCUACCUGGCGCAGCACAUCCGCAUCCAUACUGGAGUCAAGCCCUAUACCUGCUCCUACUGCCAGAAAUCAUUCAGACAGCUGAGUCACCUACAGCAACACAACAGGAUCCACACUGGAGACCGGCCUUACAAAUGUGUCCAUCCAGGCUGCGAGAAAGCGUUCACCCAGCUCUCAAAUCUGCAGUCUCACCGGAGGCAGCAUAACAAAGACAAGCCGUUCAAGUGUCACAACUGCAACCGAGGUUACACAGAUUCAGCCAGCUUGGAGGUUCACCUGUCUACCCACACGGUCAAGCAUGCCAAGCUGUUCUCCUGUGGUCUGUGCAACCGCACUUAUACUUCGGAGACGUAUCUUAUGAAACACAUGAGGAAGCACAAUCCCGACCCUCUUACUGCCGCCACAGUUGUUGCUGCUCAACAGUCGCAACAGAACCAGAGCCAGGCGGGUACAGCAGGGGGCCAGAGCCGAGGAGAAAGAGAAAGUGGAUCCGCAACGGGUGGAGGUGGAGGGGCAAGUAGUGGGCAGAGUCAGAACCCUAGCAGCUACCCACAGACGGAAGGAGUGCCCUGCCCUUUUGACCUGCAUCAGUACAAGACCGUGUCAGCUGGGGAUAUCCAGUAUAAGCCAGUCAGCGUUACAGACCUGACAGCACAUAAGGACCUCUGCCUCACCGUGUCCACAUCUGCGAUUCAAGUGGAACAUCUCAACUCAUAGACCUUAGGCUUGGAGGAGCAAUGGUAAUACCCCUGCCCCCUCUAUCAAAACAGAGGAAAUCCAGAAACUGUACAAGAAGGUUAGCAUAAAAGCAGAAGGUCAUAUUUAUCUGAAGGAAGACUGAAAGGAAUAAGACAAAUUCUAAACUUUGGAGGAAGGACAUUUUAACAAGUGGAAUGGAGAAUUCGGUCAGAAACAUGGCAGAAUGACAAAGAAGGAAAAGAACAAGGAAGAGAAUAUGCAAGAGAGGGACCUAGAUAUUUUUUUAACAGUUUCUCACUUUUUAUUAUUUCUAGUUUAAUUUUACUUCAUUUCCUUGCCAGAUGGGGAUCGUUCGGUAACAGAUGUGGGUUUGAGUCAGCCUCUUGGGUGAUUCAGUGUGAGAACAUUGUGUGAAAGGCUGCGAAAGGACUUUAAAAGAAAGAUUUCUUUCUUUUUUUAUUUUGUCAUUUUGUAUCUUCCUGCUCUUCCCUAGGAAACUACAAUGGCGAAGGUGGCUAAAACAUUGAUGGUAAUCACAUCAAUAGUAUUGAUAACAGUUGCCAAGCACUCUGUGAAAGUCAUUUUUAUACUUUCAUAAAGAUAGCCGUAGACAUUAUUUCUAUAAUUGUUGUUAUUGUUAUUUUCAAUAUCUGUCAGAAGAGUUACUGUAAUAUGUAAGAUAUGCUGGCAAAAAAGUUCAUUGAUAAAAGGGAAGGCUGUUUAUGCUUAACAAGUUAUAAAAUAUAGAUAUAUAUAUCAACGUGUUAAAAAUUCAUGCAUAAAAAAAUCAUUGACAUGUAUCUUGACAUCAGCCAGACACAGCCUAAAUUCAGUCCACUUUUCUUUUUGAGAAUGGUUGUCUGUUUGGAAAUUGGCUGGUUCUUGUUAUGUGUAAUCCUUGUAGUAUUUCAUUAUGUGUCUACAAUAACAUGGUUUUGAAAAUUAUUAUUACUAUUAUUAUUACUGCUCACUACUUCUACUACAAUUAACUACAGUUAUGAAAUUGAUGCUCCAUACUGUAUAGCCUGAUGCAUCUCAAUUGACUGUUUCCCUUUACAAACCAAUAAAAGUCACAGAGUU